GCAACAGACGCGGCGCUUCUCUGCCGCUGCCGGCAUUUGCCGCCGGAGGACCGUGGCCGACGGUGGGCUUUUCAAGGAUGUGGCCUCUGCGUGGCCUCCACUACUGGUUCCCCUUCCCUGCCAUGAGGUCAGCCUCACUCACGCGCAGAGGUGGUUUUUGUGCAACAUGCCAUGCCAUCCCCUGUCCAUCCGUUACACGAAACCCUCGCAACCCUGAGCCCGAAAGCCAAACCUGAAUCCGUCAGCGAGGAGGUUGUGGAGGCCUGGUGGUGGAGGUCGGGUGAGUCCUGAAGCCUUUCGCUGCGAGGUGUGGCGCGAGAGGAGGGCACAGGAGGCUCAACUACUCACCCGUAUCUUCUGGUACGCUCUGGGGAAGCGUGUGGGGAUGGAACUGUCCCAGAUCUCGGCGUCUGUAUGUUCUGUGCCUGAUGUCAUGACAUUGUGUGGCUGGCAGGGAUGGACAACACCAUUGGCUGCCUGCCCUACUUCGGUCACUCAGGCUCCUCAGGUCAGUCAACUCGUCAACAACACCUCCCGCCCCGCCAAUGAACACACACAGAUCUCUCUCCCCCUCUCUCUCUGUGGUCGCUGUCCGUGCGGUUGUGUGUGUUCAGGACUCUCCGAGUACGACCCCCUCUUGCCGCUCGAGGCCGGCCGGCCGCUGGAUGAGGAAAGGGACACCAUGGACGGCGGCGCGUGGCACCACAUCAACACCACUACCACCAGCGCAGCCACGCCAGCGUCAGAGCAGCUGAGCCACCUGCUGCAGACCAUCCAGGAGUGCAAGUGCACCACUGGCGGCGGCGCUGAGCUGCACCGCUUCGCUCACUGCUGUCUUCCCCAACAACAGCAGCCUGCAGAGUCAGGCUACGUGACUACGCGGAGCAGCGCGUCAUCGGGAAGCGGCAGCAGCGAUGAGGACCAGCUGAGGGACCUUCUCAUGGUGGGCCAACACACAAACACUCACACACACACACUCACACUCGGACGAUCUGUCUUGGUGCUGUUUGUUGUCGGAUUCCCAGAUGGGUUCGUCAUUUCGUCACUGCGCCAAGGAUGUGAUGCUGAGCCUGCCGAGAGGGUGGGGCGAGGCCAGCUCGACGAGACGAUCGGCCAGGUCUAGGGGGCGGCCCGCCAAGGUGGGACUGCGCAACAAGAUCGGCACACCCAUGGCCAGGGAGGACAAAGUGAAAGAGGUCAAGAGGGAGAAGCCUGCAAGUCGCUCGGAGGGACAGACACUAGCAGACGCCGCCGAUGCAGCAGCUGCAGGUAUGUCGGUCGGUGUGCACCGACCGACACUGAUGUAUUGUAUCCAUCUACACCUACACGCGAUCCUUGUGUCCCUCCCUGUGUGUGUGGCUGUCAGUCCCUCCUCCGGCGCCCUGCACCCAUCCCUGCGUGACCUUCACCACACGCGACCGGUCUCUCUACGGGCGGCCUCUCCGGCCCCCAAAAAGGUCCUACACACAAGGGCUUCCAGACGCAGAUGAGACGCCGAUGAUCAAGCGCGCCAAGAGCGAGGAGUUCACCAGUCGUGAGCAUCUGGGUUGGCUGCCGGAGCCGGAUAUGCCGCACCUGCCGAUCCUGCGGCCUUGCAUGACGCCCGAGACGACGCCCAUGUUCGACGCGCUGCAUAUUGAUGACAGCAGCUCGGUGGACCCCUAUGAGCUGCAGAGCUCCAUCGGCACCCCCGGGCCCAUGCAGGUGGGCAGACCAUCCACACAGUCUUGAAGAGAUAAUCCGGGGGAAAGGUGUCUCAUCUGCGCGUGUGUGUCCGUGUGGAUCUGCAGGGAGUUUUCCAGGAAGAUGAUGGCAUGACGACAUAUGCCGCUGCUCCUCAUGCUGCUGACUGUGCUGCGUCAGGGUGGCCAGGGUGGCCCCAGUAUAAUGACAGCUUCUGCGCCCACAUGCCCGCCGUGUAUGAGCACCCCUUCCCACUGCCGCUGCCAGUGCAGCAGCCAGCGAUCGCCAUAGGAUCGCCAUGCGAGCCCUUUCUAUAAGUAGUGUCCGUCUGUCUGUCUGUCUGUCUCCCUGCCUGUCCGUCUCUCUGUCUGCUCGUGUGUGUGUGUGAGUUGGGGGGAUGAGUGACGUGUGUUUCUGUCUGUGUGUGAACCGCCAUCUCGCAUCAUCGAUCGGGCUUUCCACGUGUGUGUGUGUGUGUCCGUCUCUCUCUCUCUCUCUCUCUCUGGCCUGUGUGCACCUUCUUCAUGGCUGGCUUUUUUAGUCUGGGGAAUGCAGUAAGGCUAGAGCCACUGAAUCCAAUGAAGAAAUGGAACGAAUGCGAUGAAUAUACAGUACACUCUGUCUGUUUGCCUGUCCGUCUGUCUGUCUGUCUGUCUGCGUUUAUGUCGGGGGAGGAUUGUUAUCUGAGUCUGAGAUUCUGAUAGACACACAUACAAGACACAUCCGUCACACUUUAUAUAUUAUAUAUGGGGUUAAUCGAACAACCAAACAAGCGAACGCACAACGGUCCUCUUUUGGUCCUUUAUUUCCGGUCCAUGUGGGAGGGGAGGGAUCCUUGUGUGUGUGUGUGUGUUGGGCUCGGGGCUGGGGGGUGGUGCUGGUCUGUCUGUCUGUCUCUCUCUCUCUCUCUCUCCCUCCACACACACAACAUGACGCUCACCGGCUCUCUCAAGCAGUAGUUCGCUAAUUGAGACGGACGGAGUAAGGACGACAAACACGCCGUCGGCCUAUCUGUCGGCCUCUCUGGGCUGAGCUAAGCUGAGCUGAGCUAUCCUGCGCUUUGUGCGAGAGAGUCUGAGAGUGACUAUACCAUUCCGCUUGGGGUGUUGCGGGCUGGCGGGUGAAAUCGCUGUGUGUGUGCCGGGGAUGGACUGAGUGCACGGUUUAAUCGGACUGACACCUGACCUGGAUACACUUUUGGAUGGCAGCAUAGCACAGAAGGGUCACACAAGA